AUGUCUCUCGUCCGUCUGGGGCCACUCCAAGCGGGGCUCCGAAGCUUUCGGCCAAGCCCAUCUCUCACGACGCCCUCGAAGUCUAUCCAAUCGUUCAAUCUGAGCGGAUCGACGCUGGGCUUCGGCUCGCGGACCUUUUAUGGUUCCGCUCGCCAGCGCGGCACUGGGCCUAUGGGCGGCUCGUCCUCCGCCGGCCCCUUCCCGGGCCGCGGUCACGCCCUCCUGGCCGCCGCCCUCGGCAUGGGCGCCCUGGCUUCCGGCGCAACCGUCUAUGCACUCGAGACCGCCGAGCUCUCCAGCGACCCUCUCGCGGCCCUCGCCCCGGAUGCCCUCAGGCUCAGGGCCGCCCAUGUCGCACAGAAACAUUCCCCCGACCUCAUCCGCAGCUAUCUCACACUGCUCCUGUGUGAGAUCCCCGGCGUGGCUACUUACGGCCCCGUUGUACUCAACCAGUUCAUCUCCCUCAGAGAUAAUGUACCUCUCAUUGGCCCCGCCGCUUGGUCAAUCGUCGAAUGGUACACAGGUGGAGAGUCAGCCGAAGAGUGUCAGCCGGUGAUGGAGGCCUUGUAUGGUGGGAAUGUCGGCUCCCUGUUGAACUACUCAGUCGAGGCAUUGGAGCGGGUGGGGAAAGCGGAGCAAGGUAGCGGGUUGAGCAAGGAGAGUAUAGAGGCGAUCUCGCGCACGGUCGAGUCAUUAGCGGAGUACGAGUUGAGGCAUAACGAGUAUGCGGCGGGCUCGGCACGGAUGAAGCCGAGUGCGGUGGCCAUCAAGGUUUCCGGGCUCGUCGGAGACCCCUAUCUCUUCAAGCGGGCUUCCGAGAACCUCCAGGCUAACGGCCUCUCGCCCUUCCGCAUCCACGGCUCGCCCUUCCCCAACGUCCAGUCCGGCACGCCCGAUCCCCUCUCCCCCGCUGAUCAUAUCACCCUUGACGGAUUGAUGGCUAGCCUCAGGGACAUCUGUCAGAAGGCUAAAGCGGCCGACAUUGUCCUCAUGAUUGAUGCCGAAUACAGCUGGUUUCAGCCUGCGCUGGACAGAAUAGCUACCUUCCUCUCCGCCGAAUUCAACAAAGUAGAAUCCAGGCGGUCCGGAUCGGAGGGCUACUCGCCGACGGUCUUCAACACCUUCCAGGCGCUGCUACGGUCGACCCCCGAACGGCUGGCCGAGUAUAUCGACGAGGCACACCAACGGGACUUCUCAGUGGGCGUGAAGUUGGUCCGGGGAGCCUACCUAGUCUCGGAGACGGCGCGGUGGCGGGAGGCGCAUGCCGCCGGCCGGCCCGGUGUGCCCGACCACCCGCCCGUCUGGGCCUCCAAGGCCGAAACUGACCGCUGCUUCGACGACAUCGCCGCCAGCCUGGUCCAACAGCUGGCAAGCAACGCCCGUCGUGCCGAGGGAAUCUCCUCCCACCCCAAAAAAACAUCCCCUCCCAGCUCCAUCGAGGUCGCCAUGAUGAUUGCCGGGCACAACUCGCAUUCGGCAGCUAAGGUUCUCAAACAGCUCAGAGACGAAGAGGGUCUCGCUAAGAAUGUCGAUAGCCAGAGUAUCCGUCUAUCGGAUAGCUUGAGAGGCAGACUGAUGUUUGCGCAACUCUAUGGCAUGGCUGACAACUUCACUUCAACCUUGACUCAAAUCCUGGCCCCGAGCGACGCUGGACAAAGACACCCGCAGCCAUUUGUGUUCAAGUAUCUUCCGUUCGGUCCCGUGGACAAGGUGUUGCCCUAUCUCGCGCGUCGGGCGGAGGAAAACUCGGCAAUCCUCGAGGUCCAAGACGGAGAAUCCGUCCUAAGUCUUGAACGCAAGCUCAUUGGCAAGGAGAUCCGCAAACGACUCGGCUCCCUAUUCUACCUAUCAUAA